AUGGCUCGUCCUCGCGUGUCGGUCAAGCGAUGCUUCCUCUACGCCGUCUGUUUCACCGGCACUCUGCUCGUCCUCGUCAACGUGCGCCAGAUGGAAAUGUGGCACGCCGCCGUCACUCGACCCGGGGAACAGACGCAAACUGCCCGAGGAUCCCCCGGAGACACCGCCAAGAUAUCAAAUACCACGGGAGCGUCAAACGCCAUCGGCGGAGCGGUAGAGCUGAGGGAGCCGUCGAAACGACCCUGGUACAUGACAGGCGGACAAGUGCGACCACGGCCGGCGCCGGUGUUUAAGCGCACUGGCAGGAGGGUCGCGGUCAUCUGGCCCGAAGAAAGUCGGAUCGAUGAUCGCGUGACGAAUCAGCUGAUGUUCAUGCCACCGGGAUACAACAAAUCAAACGCGGACAUAAGGUUCAAGAGAAUUUACAUACCACACGGCAUGAACGAGGCGAAAAGUGGUCCCGACGUAUUCUUCCAGCAAGGCUGUCCGGUUAACACUUGCACGAUAACCCGGGAUAAUCCCAACGACGCGGAUUUGAUACUAUUUAAGGAUUAUGUGACGCACAUCGGCAAGAGAAAACCCAAUCAGGUGUGGAUGUUGUACUUUUUGGAAUGUCCCUACCACACGCAAAGCGUCAAAAACGCUCUAGUCAAUUGGACUGCCACUUAUCGUCGAGACAGUGACAUCGUCGCGCCCUACGAACGAUGGCAAUACUACAAUCCAAAGGUCACUCAGAUAGUGAGCAAUUUCAAUUACGCUGCCAACAAAACGAGGAAGGUCGCGUGGUUCGUCUCGAAUUGCCAUCCCCGCAAUCAGCGCAUGCAGUACGCCAAGGAGCUAGCCAAGCACAUUCAAGUGGACAUUUACGGGGCUUGCGGCACUUUGAGGUGCUCGAGGUCUCAGUCGCAGGCUUGCUUCGACAUGCUCGACAACGACUACAAGUUUUACCUCGCCUUUGAAAAUUCAAACUGCCGGGACUACAUCACGGAGAAGUUUUUCGUCAAUGGUUUAGGGCACAACAUCCUGCCGAUCGUAAUGGGCGCCCACCCGACGGAUUACGCCCGAAGUGCCCCGUACCGCUCGUACAUCCACGUGGACGAGUUCGAGUCACCGCGCGAGCUCGCCCAGUACCUGCACCGGCUCGACAAAGACGACGACCUGUACAACUCGUACUUCCACUGGAAGGGCACCGGCGAGUUCAUCAACACGUACUUCUGGUGCCGGGUGUGCGCCAUGCUGCACGACGACCAGCGCACCCGCAAGUAUUACAAGGACGUCAAUGAGUGGUGGCGCGGCGAGGGCGUCUGCGCGACCGACUCCUGGCGCGAACUCGAGCACCUCAGGAACACCUGAGAGCGGCUUCACGCUAACGAGACCAGCACGCGCACGGCCGAUGAUUACCGAUAGCGGUCGGCCAACCACUCCUCCUCGUCGCUGCUCGAUGAAGCGGUGGUAUUCGAGAUCCAGGCGUAGUGGAGCUGAGCGUGCGAGUCUCGUUAGGGUCGAGCUCUCGUUGCCAAAUGUCGUAUGCGCGUGACGCGGUGUUGGACUGGCCUGUGUUUUAAUUUUUUUUCUUUUCUACAGUGUACUCUCUUUCUGACAGUGGCCCGUUUUCAAAGUAUAUUCUAUACAUUUUUGACAACUGAUAAUUCAUGAGACUCGUUGAAACUCGUGAUAUUUGUCGGACUAAUGAGUUCUCAGAGUUCGAAAAUAUUUAGAAUAUUUAAUAAAAAAUAAAAACCACUAUACAAUUGAAAGCAGUGUUUCUUACGGAAAAGACUGUCCAGUAGAUAAUUCGUUUUGAGUUGAGAUUCUUCGUUUAUGCCAGAAAAUAAUCGCGGAUGUACAAAUAAAAUCACUUGAAAAAAACAAAAGAAGGUCCAUCAAAUAUUGAUUAGGAAAAUUUAAGCAAGUACUUUGGGUGUUCAACUGAAACGGAAAAUAUCAUUUAUCAGAUAAUGUUUGGGACUAUGAGUUGAAUAAACCGUUUUCUAUUAUGUAUCGUACCUAGUGCAUGGACGAUGAAAAUUGUUACGCCAAAAUAACCAGGACACAAUAACUAAAGCUCAAUAUACAUAGAGUCUGUGAACUUUUAACGAGCACAAAAAUGUUGUACGCAUUUAAUCCCCCGAAUAAUCAAAGUAAAAAACGACAAAGAAAUUUUAAAUACGACACAAAAAAAGUUUCAUGUUUUCAACCCUCUGAAUACGAAGAAACUUGAUAUGUUUAUACAUUUUUGAUACACUGAGUGAUGAGUAUCGUGACUUACUUUUACAUUUUUUUAAAUCCAUCCUCAUUGCAUGCAUUUGAAGGUAUACCUCAUCGCAAAAAAAAAAAAAUAAUAAUAAUAAUAAUAAUAAAUAUAGUACGAACAUGAAACUGACGAAAUCAUUUCAUAAAACCAUUAAGUAAAGUCAAGUCCAGAAAACUCGUAUACUACAAUAAAAAUAUCUAAAUGAUCAGAGUGUUCAUAACGUAAAGUUUUAAAGGAAUUUUCAUUAGCGUGUGUACGAAGGCAUGCAUCAGUUACUAUAGUUCCUAGAGUAUAUUUUAUAAGCCUGCCGUUAUGUGAUGACAAUUAGAAUCGGAACUGAAACGACGAAACAGUAAGGCAGAAUCAUUUAUAUGAUUUAACCCACGUAUUACCUAAUGGAAUCUGUGUUCUAGUGAGUUAACGGAGUCUAGUGUGCAAUACAAACGACAAACUACUUGUAACCACUUACCAACAAAGUAUUUCCUUGUAUUGAAUAA